UAUAUUGAGAUAUAUUUUUAAAAAUUAGUUAUGGAGGUUUUAUCCGGAAGAAAUAGAAAUUCAAUGAAGCAUAUUGCUUCCUCGGUAAUGAUUCAUGACAAGAAAGGCAGAGCUAUAGUGAGGUCGGAUCUUAUCGGAUUCAAAAAGGAGGCCAGUGGGUCAUGGAAAGAAGUCAGCAGAAAGAAACGAUUCCUUAUAUUGGAAGGCGUCAUUCCUGGAAAAAAAACGAGAAUACGCAAAGGGUUUAUUAUCGACGAUCAAGAAGACUCUGAUAUAGAUGAAUUGGAACUAGAUAUAUAUGGACCCCCGUCAGUGCCUGUCAAGGCCGUACCUUUCCAAAGGCCAACCCUAAUGGCAACACGCCGUUCAUUUUGUAGUCGUCAAUGUGGACGAUGCGGCAGACACGAAAAUGUUCCGCCUGACUGCGGCAUUUGCGUAGGAUGUGGACAGCACCCAGCUGUGGCUCGUUGUUUCAGCACCUCGUCCAUGGUUUGUCUACGCUGUCGACAAGGAAUCAGGUCUUCUUCAUUAGAAGAAAGUUGCCCCAGAUGUUCAAACGGACCAAGAAUUACACGCAAUUAGACCAAAAUAAGAAGUCAUGGACAAGGAUUGAAGCUUUCCCGAAACUAGAAGCAAAGUAUUUUACUAGAGUCUAUGCCCAAUGCUUACUGCCAGUUCACCUGCAAGACAAUAAAAUUUUUUUUUAAAACUUCAUCUAUGCUCAAGUUAAUUUUCCAAAGACUUUAGCCAUGCCCAACUUAGCUAUGUCAAAGUAUUUCUUAAUAAACUUUGGUAAUGUCGAAUCAUCAUAUUUUCAAACGCAUUUUUCACUAAAUAAUAUCACAUUGAAUUAAUAACAGUAGCCUGCGUUUCUCCCUUGUCCAUGGCAUAGAUUUAUAAAGAAAACCUUAUUAACAUACGUUUUCUACCAAAUCUGUUAAUAAAGUAAUUCUUCAAAAAAAAAAAAAA